AUGAUUUAUAAACAUGCAUUUGAAGCGUUGGAUCGAUCUUUGAAGGAUAUAUUGAGUUGUGAUCUUUGCAGCAACUCAAAAUUGCCAUUUGGAGGAAAAUCAAUUGUUUUUGGAGGCGAUUUUAGGCAGAUUCUACCUGUUGUUCCAAACGGAAGCAGACAAGACAUUGUGAAUGCUUCAUUAAGUUCCUCCUACAUUUGGCCAGAUUGCAAAGUCUUAAGAUUAACUAAAAACAUGAGGUUGAGUGAUCAAACAUAUGAUAUUGAGGAAACAAAGGCCUUUGCAAAUUGGCUUUUGGAUAUAGGAGAAGGAAAUGUGGGUGGUUUCAAUGAUGGUGAGGCAAUUAUUGAUAUACCAGAUGAUCUUCUCAUUACUGAUUCAUCUGAUCCAAUCGGUUCAUUAAUUGCAUUUGUCUAUCCUUCUAUUAUUGAAAAUGCCAAUCAUCCCAGGUUUUUUCAAGAAAGAGCAAUCCUUGCACCAAAAAACGAAGUUGUUCAGGAAAUAAAUGAUUGUCUGUUAUCACUAUUUCUAGGUGAUGAAAAAGAAUACUUGAGUUCAGACAGUCUUUGUCAUUCAGAUUUUGUUCAUAAUGACAUUGAUGAAAGCUUGUAUUCGUGGGAUGUUCUAAAUGGUCUUAAACUGUCAGGUUUGCCGAUCCAUAAGUUGGUAUUAAAAGUCGGUGUUCCAGUUAUGUUACUGAGGAGUAUUGAUCCGAAAAGUGGUUUGUGUAAUGGAACGAGACUACGAGUUAUAGCAUUGGGUAACCGUGUUAUAGAAGCAGAGAUAAUUUUCGGAAGUAAUACAGGAAACCGUACUUUUAUUCCAAGAAUGACUUUAACUCCUUCAGAAAAAAGAAUUCCUUUUACAUUUCAAAGAAGACAAUUUUCAUUGGCUGUAUGUUUUGCAAUAACAAUAAACAAGAGUCAAGGACAAUCACUAUCGAAAGUAGGUUUAUUUUUGAGACAACCAGUGUUCACUCAUUGA